GCCAAUGCUUUAAAGGAUGUGAAUUGGAACAGAGUAAUGUUAGUCAAUUGCGAAUCUGCUUUUUAGAGGAUUUAAACCUAACAUGGUGAACAAAUUAUAUUAUAGAAUUCAGGCAAUUUUAUUGGGGUUAUCUCAUACAGUGUGGCAAGUAAUAAUCUGGAAAGACCUUUUGUAAUAUCACAGUCUAAAACUGGAUUUAAAGAGAAGCAAAUCAGUAAAUGAAUCAUAUGAAAAUGAAUUGAAGAAAAAAAACGGAAAAUUUGAACACAACUUUUAUGAAGUAUGAAGUCGAAAUAAACAGCUAACCGUACGCUAUAUAUGAAAUACGCCAUGGUCGCUCGACUACAACGUCACCAGACUACUUUUCCAAACUUGAUUUAGAACAUUUUCCACAGUACGGAUUUACUCUGUGGAUGAAUCUUCAUCCACGUUUUGGGGGGAAUUGUACACAGCGUAUCUGAACCAGUUUAUCUGCAGUUUUUAACUGUUCGGCGCGAUGACGUUUAAUCGUCUGUAGUCCCAUUUAGCAAGGUGUUAGCAAUCGCCUUUUUCAAUACACGUAAAAGCUUUUUAAAAAUCAUGAGUGGGGUUUUACUGGUGUACUUUAUGUCGUAGGAUAAAACGAAAAUAUUUUGGGCUUGUGUUCACCACAGACAUUAUUUCAGGCUUUUAACCAAAAUCACAAAAGAAACACCCAUUGACUUGGGGACGAUGGAACCGGAAGUGCUAAAAUGCUAACUCGUGUCUGGGUUUUGGCAUACAAAAUGACGUCACCCCUGCACCACUCUAUACAGCCAGCUCCGGAGCAGGUUAGCCGUGGAGCGUAAAUCACCAUGGAGAUGAUGAAAUUCGCUAAAAACCAAUCCACCUUCUUGAUACCGAAAACAGAGUUUGCUCAAUCUAUCCUGUGUAACCACCGAAACCGGCUUUUUGUGAAACAGGCCUGUGAUCGAACCGGGGAUCCUGGAGCCGUGAGACGGUCGUGCUUCCUUCUCUGACAAUAUACAAGCGUAUUCGAUCGCAAAGCCAUUUUCACUACCCAUUUACUAUCACUGUACAGCUGAAGCACGCUAUUCUUUUGUAGAUUGUAACCUUACUGGUGUGAUUAACUAAUAGCACUAUAAAUUCUACAGCAUACAGAAAGAUAUUUCUACCCGCACAUAUUUGAUGUACUUGUCCAAAAUUCUUAAUCUUGCAUUAUUUACAUCAGCUUUUAUUUUUAAAGUCUUUGUUGGUCCAGAGAGAGAGAGAGCCAGAGGGAAAGGGGUCGUCUAAAACAGUUUCACAUGCUACUCAAGUGCACAUUUUAUUUGGCCACUAGAGGCCACUAGUGAGCUAAAUCCUUGAAAAAUUAACUAUUUUCAUGACCGGUAAACGUAUCAUGAAGCUUCGUUUUGCCAUUACUAUAUCUGUGUGUGUUUUUUAUGUUUCAUGUGCUAUUUUAAACUGAGCUGUUUUUAAAUUGAAAUCUCAAUUCAAACGCGAUAUUACACCACGAACUACAGCGGGCCAAGUCCCGGACCGAUUACACGACAGGAGUUUCCACACGGAACUAUUAGUCUGCUGCACAUGACGGAAGACACGCUAUUGUCGCUGUUUAUUUAAUUGUAAUUUUGUUGUGUUUCUACAGGAAACUUUUUUUUGGUAAAAAGAUGAAUGAGUGGAGUGCUCUAGCGAAAGUCUACGACCCUCUCAAGGCUGGCAGCAUCGACAGCACAGACCUCGAGCCCCAUGACCGGGCCAUAUGGCGGGCGAUAAAUGCCCAUUACCGGCCCAAUAAAGCUGUAACAGGUGACCCUCAACUCACGCUUUUUGUCGCACGGCUCAACAAAAAGACAACCGAAGAAGACCUUCACAUCGUUUUCUCCAAAUUCGGUGACAUCCGACGACUGCGACUCGUCCGGGACGCUGUGACUGGCUUCUCUAAGGGCUAUGCCUUUGUGGAGUACAAGGAGGAGCGCUCUUUAAUGCGAGCAUGGAGAGACGGCAACAAGAUGGUUGUAGACCAACACGAGCUGUUCGUGGACUUUGAGCAGGAGCGCACGCUGCAGGGAUGGAUACCGCGGCGACUCGGCGGUGGCCUGGGAGGAAAGAAAGAAUCGGGCCAGCUGAGGUUCGGAGGCAGGGACAGACCAUUCAGGAGACCUAUAAACCUGCCCGGUGCGAUGCCCAGACCAGCUGACCGGUGGAGAGAUGGAGAUGGAGGGAGAGAGGAAAGACAGAGAGAUGAGAGAAGAGCUACGUCUCCGGGCUGGGACAGAGAGCACGGGCGACAGCGGAAUCGGAGGGACGAAUGGGAACGAGGGAAUGAGCGAGGUGGUAGGGAUCACCAUAAAGACAGGAGGGACUCCAGACGAUACAGGGACAGGAGUAGUGAGAGAGAAUCCAACCGAGGAAAGGGUGACAGGAGAUAUCGGGACUCAUACAGAGAUUCGGAUAAAAGAUGACUCGUAUUUAACUCUGUUAAACUUUCUGGUUUCUACAAGUGUUGCUUUUAUCCUUAACUCACCUACGCCUCUGUUGAAACUAUGAUUGUAAAAGGAAAAGAUCUGUAUGUGGCAGAGCCAAGUUCAGGGGCAGAGAAAUGCAAACAGAGCUUUAGUAUGGAAUAACACAUGACUGUUCUUGUGGUAGCUUUGCCAUGGUGAAAUAUAUUUAUAUUAAAUUGCCAAGAUUUCCAGAAAGUUGUUUCAUUUGCAACACAUGCUCAGCCAGGAUCCUGUAUUCAUACAUUUAACAAGCCUAAGGAAAAGUGAUAGAUGUUGAAUCAUUUUAACUUAUUUUAACCAGGAAAUUCAGUUAACUGAAUUAUACAAAGAAAAGCCACGACGACGGUACGGGU